AUGGCAGAAAAAGCAGUUUGGGAAGUUAUCGGUGGUAAAGACAAGGGCGGCCUUGUGGUACGUGAGGAACAGAGCCUGAAGAGCAAAGAGUUACCAGAGCGGUUGUCUUUUGCAUCUCUGGUGGAACAGGUUGAGCUGGUGGGAAAGCGCCUACACUACAAGCUCUUGACAGGAUCAGGCCCGGACACCGGCUGGGUUAGCAUCAAUCUUGCGGACAAGGACUUGCUGAGCUGCAUCCUCAAACCACCUCCUCGGCCUCCGCUAUUUUGUGCGUGGUAUUCGGGAGGCUUUUCCGUCAAGGACGGAGAGAAGCAGUUGGAAAAGCUAAUGGAGGCAGUGCGUGCCUCUGGAGUGGCAGACGCCGCCGUUUUCCACUUUCCAGAUGGAUAUGGCUUGGAAGGUGAAGGACGAAAGCCUUGGGCGAAGUACAUUGACCGUGUGAUUGACGAGAUCAAUGAAAUUGCGCAAGAUGAGGAGCAGCCUCUCAUACUGUUCGGGCAUAGCAGGGGGGCUUCUCCAGCUGCAUGUGUCGCAACCCGCCUGGGCUCGAGAGUCAAGCACGUCUACAUCGCAGCAUGUGGUGCUAUGCGGGAGGGGCAGCCCACCGCCUGGGAGAAUCUCAGCCUCUCCUUCAAAGGUGCGGGAGAUCGGGAGCUCUUGACUUGGUUCAGCAGCCUUCAGCCGGAGAAUGUUGUGCUCAGGAGAGUAGCAAUAGAAACCACAGACGAGGAGUUUGUCGAGCAGGUGAAGGGCAGCAAGUUCUUGUCUCAGAUGCUCUCUCUGAUGCGGCACCAGUACCGUGACGCCAUGUACCCAGAUCCAGAAAAGGAUUUCAAAGCAUUUCCUGCAAACAUCACAGCAUUUGCCCCGCUCUUGGAUGAGGGCAGCCAGCCAGAGCACAUGCAGGAUUGGAGUGCGCUGACUUUGGGCAAGUUUCAGAAUGUCAGCCUGAAUGCCGGUCACAUGGACUGCAUAGCACCAGAUGCUAAAGGCAAGUGUGAGCUGUUCGAUUUCUUACGCAAGGAUUUGAAGCAGUACAUCAAAUUGGUACAGAGCGACAGCAGCAAACCAUGCAAGCUUCUCACGGCCACGGCUACGCCUGUUAAUACGACUGCAUGGCAUGUGGGUGUGGAUGCCUUGCGGAGAUCCCGCCCCGCACAUGUGGCCGGUGCUAUGGGAAGCAUGCUUGCAUGCUGCAAGGAGGAGAAGAUGGAGAUCCGUAAAGCCGACGCUCCUCAGGCACGUGCCAAGCUGUCCGUCAAAGCCGGAGGUUUCUCCAUCGGAGCCUUUGCGGCCUCGAACAGAGGAAAGCUGGAGGAGUUCUACGAAGUUGAGAAGGAGGUCUUGGGUGAGGGCUCCUUUGGAUCUGUGCAGAAGUGUCGAUACAAGGACACCGGGCAAUGGAGAGCUGUCAAGACGAUCAACAAGAAAAGAGUCAAGAACGUCGAAAGGUUCACGGAGGAGAUGGCGAUUAUGAAGCUUCUAGAUCAUCCUAACAUUGUCCGCUUGCACGAGACAUUCGACGACGAAAGAAACGUGUACUUGGUGUUGGAGCUAUGUUCUGGAGGAGAACUCUUUGAUCGCAUUGUUGCAGAUGGGAAGUUUUCCGAGCAGGUUGCGGCAUAUUGCGUGCAGCAAAUGCUGCGAGCGGUGAACUACUUGCACAGCAAUUGCAUCAUGCAUUGCGACCUGAAGCCGGAGAACUGGCUGCUGGCAGAAACCGAAGACAUCCAGAACACGCACCUGAAGAUGGUGGACUUUGGUUUAUCCAAGCGCUUCACCCCGGGUGAGUUUGCCACCACGAAGGCUGGAGCUCCUUACUACGUGGCGCCGGAGGUUCUUGCAGGUCACUACAACGAGCUGUGUGACGUGUGGAGCAUCGGGGUGAUCAUGUACAUCUUGCUGAGUGGAUCUCCGCCAUUUUCCGGAAAUGACACGAUGGCCGUCCUGGAGUCGGUUAAGAGAUCCGAUUUGUCGUUCGACAAGAAGGAGUGGAAGCCCAUCUCCAAGGAGGCAAAAGACAUGCUGAAGGUCCUUCUCACCAGGGACCCCUCUCAGCGGGUAAGUGCCGAAGCUGCUCUGAAAGAGGAGUGGAUGACCAAACAAAUCGACACGACUCCCGCCGAUAUGACGCAUGCCUCGCAGGUCGUCGUGCAGAAUCUGAAGAGCUUUGCGGUGAUGAACAAGUUGAAGAAGGCAGCAUUGAAUAUCAUUGCAACGCAGCUCACAGACGAUGCAAUCAAGGAGUUGAAGGAGCUUUUCAUUGCCAUGGACGACAACAACGACGGUACGCUGAGUAUCAGCGAGCUGAAAGAUGGCCUGGUCAAGGCUGGGGUGGCCGUUCCGCCCGACCUCUAUGCCAUGAUGGAUCGGAUUGACACGGAUGGCAGCGGGGUCAUCGACUAUUCGGAAUUCAUGGCAGCCACGCUGGACAAGCGCCAGUUCGUGGCGGAGGAAGCUUGUUGGAGGGCCUUCAAAACCUUCGAUCAAGAUGGCAGUGGUCACAUUGACAAGGAGGAGCUGAUGAAGCUAUUGGGAGGCGACAAUCAAGUCUCGGACGUGAUGCAAGUAAAGUACACGAAGCAAGAAGUUGAUGCCAUCAUGAAGGAAGUUGACCUGAAUGGAGAUGGCAAAAUCGACUUCGAUGAGUUCCUGACGAUGAUGCGGCGAAUGCCGACAGAUGAUAAGAAGAAAUCGGGACCCUCCAUUGGCAUUGGCGUGAAGCGCCCGCGGACGAGGUGA